GGAUCGGGACAGGUGGCGUUCUCUCGUUUUGGAGGCCAAGACCCUCUUUGGAUCACUGCGCCACAAUAGUUAGUUAGUUAACUACAUAAGGGGUAUUUAUUCAGUCAAAUCCUAUGUAUUAUUAGAACUUUGUGAUUGAAAGCCAAAAAUUAGCAAUAAUGUGUAACUUGGAAACGUUCUACAAUGAUCUCAAAGCAGCGAUUCUCAACUUUAGAUUGGACUUGUGUUGUUUCGUAUUCAGUGUGGAAGCUGGAAUAUUGCUGUGUGGUUACUUCAAUGUGAUUUCAAAUAUGAUAUGCCUAAUAGCAGUAUCCACCGAGGUAUUUCCUCCGCUCAUGAUGAACGCCCAGCAAUCGUACAUGGACGGAGAAUAUAUCAAGUCGACUUGCGCCUUUGCAUACAGCGCCGAUCUGUGUCUAGCUGUGCUUCUACUGUGUGCUAGAUAUCGGAAAGACAUCGUGCUACUCACCUACUACACGUACUGUGGCUUGGCCAUGCUGGCUUCCACCAUACUAGUCUACUCUAUGGUCAUCGGGGUUCUAACGGUGUUGCAUACCUGCACGCUGGUUAUAAGUUUAACAUACCAGACCUACAUAAUUCUGUUAGUACGCAGUAUGAUGGUAGAUUUAAAACACGAAGCAGAGAGAUUUGAAUACUUCUACCAAAAUUAUCCAGUCUAUUAUAAACACGACAUAGAAGCUGCCGGUGACUAUCCUCUAGAAACAUAUCAGAUAUAUAGUCCUAGUUCUAGAAAUAAUUCAGAUAUCGUGCCGCCUGCAGCAACUCUACCUAAGGCAACAGCGAAUGAAACAGUAGAAGAUACUAUAGAAUUAAACACAAAAGAUGUUAUAGCUAUAACUGAACCGAAGACAACAGUUAUUUCUGAGGAACUAAAGCCAAGUGAAGAUAAAGAUGCUACUAAGCCAAAAUUAAGUAAAACAGUUAAAGAUAUUCAACCAACGACCAGCAAAACAGUAACGGAUGGAAAUUCAAAGACAGCAACAGAGGUAGAAACGUCUGUAAAACCAAAGGCAUUAAGGUAUCCUUAUAAAUUUAUUGCUAUCAAAAUCCCUAAACAAGAAACGAUUAAGGAAGAAAAAGAGAAUGAAGAAAAAGAGACGGAAAAUGUCGAGGUUAAAACAGACAUAAAAGAAGUAGCUAAAGGGGAAGAAACGAAAGAGGUAGUUAAAGUGGAUAAACCUAAAGAAGUAUCGAAAGAGACGGAAAAGGUCGAGGUUAAAGCAGACAAAAAAGAGGUAGCUAAAGAGAAAGAAACAAAAGAGGUUGGUAAAGUGGACAAAACCAAAGAAGUAUCAAAAAAGAAAGGAACAAAAGACGUAGCUAAAGAGGAAGAUACAAAAGAAUCGGAAAAGGCGGUCAAGAAACAGAAGCGGUCAAUAUUUGGAAGGAAGAAAAGUAAAGCUGAUGAAGAUAAAAUGAAAGAAUCGGUGUCCACACUAAUGUUCUUCGCAGAAGAAAGUUUCGAACCCCUAUUGCUCAAGGUCCUAAACGGCAUUUCGGACGAGCCUCCUAAUUACGGACCUUCGUGCAUGAUUGUCUACGCUGUCGAACUUGGCUCGAAUGUAGUGCUGUUAUGCGGUAUAAUAAGGAACGACCUCAUACUGCUUCGUGUCUACAUGUACUUUGCCUUCGGAGUUCUGACGGCUGCACUCAUGACUUACUCCGUGAUGUUUGCACCUCAGGAACUAACCGUGAAGUUCCUCAUUGCCGGCAGUAUUGGACACCAAAUCUACAUCCUGUUGUUACUGCGAAGCGCAAUGAUCGAAAUAAAACAGGCUUUAAAACAGAACGAGAACGGCUACGCGGUCAGAUAUCGAAAAACUAGCGUUAGAUAUGUACCAGGCACCAGAGAUAGGUACAGUGUUGUUAUCGAACCUUACAGGCGAAGAUCUACUCAUCCUUAUGACAGAGAGCCUUAUAGACGAAGCAGCUCGUUGGUUCCUUUCGGUAGAGAACCAUACAGAAAAGGUUCUUUUGUACCUUAUAAAGAAGAACCAAGACAAAGUUCAGUUCAAGCACAUGUAAAAGUAGCCGAGGAAGAAAAGGCAACGGUUAUAGUAACGCAACCGAAGGAAGAGCUUGCUAAGGAAGCUGUUGAUAAGGAAGAGACAGUUAAAGAAGUGAAACUGUAUCAGUUAAUGUACAUUUUUGUGCACCCGUCGGCUGAUAGCGGUCGUGUCAGAAUGGAGAGGUUUGGGGAGUAUGUGAAGAAGAGUGUGCUUAAUUUUAAGUUGCAGCAAUGUUGCUGGGUGGCUAGUGUGAGGACAGGCGCGCUGACGCUUGCUUGUUUAAAUAUUAUUUUUGGGUUGACUAUACUCGUAGAAAUAGCGAAAGGAGAAGAAGCAAGCUUCACUCCGCUCCUACUCCAGGCUUUAAGCGCAACUACUGACAAGGAAGAAGAUGGACCAGACUUCAUACCUUCUUGCAUCAUCGCGUACGCCAUGGAAAUCGCUUCCAAUGCAUUGGUGAUAUGUGCUAUGUGGCGGAACGACAUAGUGCUCCUCCGAGCGUAUUUGUACUACGCCUUGGGGGUUCUCACAAUGGCUAUCAUGAUAUACUCCGUGGUAAUCGGAGCCCUGGACCUCAUACCGGAGCUACUCAUCGUAGCUAGUGUUGGAACUCAACUCUACCAAAUAAUGUUAGUACGAAGCGCAAUGGUCGAAAUAAAACACGCCUCAAUAAAGAACGGGUACACCGUCAACUUAAAACCUAAUGACAAACCAGGCUCAGGAUCUAACGAGAAAUAUACGGUCUCGAUCGAGUCGGAAAAACCUAAAUUACCACCUAAACCAGUAACUAAAGGGGAUAUAUCCAAGCCAGUAAUAAAGGAAGUAAGCGAUAAGGAAGUAACGGCUAAGGAAGCAUCGGUUACUGUGCAUUCGCCGGCGAAGCAAGCGUUCCUUUGUGAAGCAACGGAAGAAGCGAAGGAAAGAGUGCCUUCGCGUGUCCUCGUAAAGGAGAAAGCGAAGAUAGAUAGAGCGAAGCCUGAGAGAAUUGAUUUUACGAAGAAAGUGUGAGGUGUUUUUAAUAAUAAGUUUAUUGUACAUUAAAUAUGACAAUUGAUGUAAGUUUAUAAACUCGACUGCUACAUUAAAAGAUGUUACUUGAAAUGUGUAUUUCUAUCUAAAUUUUUCAACCAAGAAUACUUAGUUGAACAAGCGUUAGCGAAGGACUUCGUUUGCUUGCGUGUCAGCUUGUGUUUUGCUUUCGUAUCGUAUGUCCAGAUAUUCUUAUCUGCAGGUCGCAUUUCUCAACCGACUCUCGUAAAAUUUUAUCAUGAUGUAAGUUCAGUUAGAUAAAAAAAAUCUGUCGGUUUAUUGGAAAGUGUUCAAAAUACUUAAGACCAUUGUAAGUUAGUUCGCUGUGAAAAUGACCCGACGAAGUAUUUUUUAA